AUGACUGUCUGCUACGACCACCACUCCUUAUCACGGGGCGCUGCGCCCACUUCAGUCGCCAGCCUCGAAGACAGGUUCGAGGUCCUCAAGGAAGUGGGUGAUGGCAGCUUUGGUAGCGUGGCAGUCGCACGUGUGCGGACUGCUGGUUCCAAUGUUGCACGGAGGGGGACGAUGGUUGCCAUCAAGACGAUGAAGAAGACCUUCGAGUCAUUGGCUCCCUGCCUCGAACUCCGUGAAGUCAUCUUUCUGCGAUCCCUGCCCCCCCAUCCCCACCUUGUCCCAGCCCUCGAUAUCUUCCUCGACCCGCUCUCACGCAAACUACACAUCUGCAUGGAGUAUAUGGAUGGCAACCUUUACCAAUUAAUGAAAGCCCGGGAUCACAAGCCCCUCGAUGGCAAGCAUGUCAAGAGCAUCCUUUACCAAAUCUUGGGGGGUCUCGACCAUAUCCAUGCCCACCACUUCUUCCAUCGCGACAUCAAACCCGAAAACAUCCUCGUCUCGACAUCCGCCCCCAACGACUCUGCUUUCAGCCGUUACUCUAACCUCGUCACUCCUCCUUCUACUCCCCCGACAUAUACUGUAAAGAUCGCCGACUUUGGUCUCGCCAGAGAGACUCACUCCAAGCUCCCCUACACGACAUAUGUCUCUACCAGAUGGUAUCGGGCGCCUGAAGUUCUCCUGCGUGCAGGAGAAUACUCAGCACCGGUGGACAUGUGGGCUAUCGGCGCCAUGGCGGUCGAGAUUGCUACCCUGAAGCCACUGUUCCCUGGUGGAAACGAAGUCGACCAGGUCUGGCGUGUUUGUGAGAUUAUGGGAAGCCCUGGUAACUGGUACAGUAAGUCGGGGGCUAAGCUCGGAGGUGGUGAGUGGAGAGAGGGCUCGCGUCUUGCCCAGAAGCUGGGAUUUACGUUCCCGAAGAUGGCGCCCCAUUCCAUGGAAAGCAUCCUUCAGGCGCCCCAGUGGCCCGCCGCUCUUAGCCAGUUCGUCACGUGGUGUUUGAUGUGGGAUCCUAAGAAUAGACCGACUUCGACACAGGCCCUCAACCAUGAGUACUUUGCUGAUGCCAUUGACCCAUUGAGACCCAAGUCUUCCACAGCUCGCCUUCUGGGCCGGAAGCAAUCGGACAAGAGCUUCAAGUCCGCCAAUCGUGAUGCGAGCGAAUCUUCGACCUUGUCAUACAAGUCGUCGUGGUUCCGGAGGUCCUUGAUCGGCAGAUCGGAAAGCCCGGUGCCACCUGUGGAGAGUGAGAACUCCUCCAAGCAAUCGGUGGCUUAUUCGGACCUUCAGGCUGGGAAGAGCAAGCCGGCGGCCAGUAAGCGUGCCACUUGGGCUAAUGGGGCUCCAAUGCCUAUUCUGCCCUCGAUUAGGCCAGUCUCUCCUCUCUCUAAUGCGGUCACAGCGCAAGCCAAUUCGUCUCUCGCCCAUUCAGGCGACAGUGCCAACGCCAGCAAGGCGAGCAAGAAGAUUGGCAGACAGCUUUCUGUCAACUCGCACGGUAAUCACUACGCUGAUAUCCACCGCCAAGAAGCAGAGAGAGCGCUCAAUGGCGGGGGCACCGUGUAUUCCGCAGUGACCCCCAAGGAGAGCUUCUUCUCGCACCUCCGCAAGCGCGCUCGCAGACUAUCCGGUCGCAACCAGGCUAACUCUGGUCCCGACGAUGUUGAGGCUAACGCUGGCUGCAUGCCUUGGUCGAACCGGUCUUCUCUGGCUUUGGACUCUGUCAACAACGUUGGAGAGUCCAAGCAGGGUUCCGAUCUCUCGGAGCUGGACAAGGCGCUCCAGACUGUGAAACAUUCGCUUGACUCGGCCGCCCUUGGCAAUGUUCCCGUGCAAAUCACCUCCCCUAUCGAGAGCACCAAGCGCCAAUCUAUGCCGCAGGGCUCGAUUCGCUCGAUGGGAGAAAGCCCUGUCUCGACCAGCGGCACUGGCGGGCCAAUCUCCAGCCGGACUAGGCGCGCAAUGCAGAUGUCGAACAACCCUAUCCACCGCUAUGAGACUCCUGAAGAGGAGGACGAGCUGCUGGAUGAGGUCUUGCAUUCGGCGAGCAGGGCUGCUAGGCGUUUGGCACAGACUGAAGUGUCAUCGGAAGUUUCGUCGAACUACAGUCGCCCAGCCGUGGGUAACGACAGCUCUCGCCCCCUGCCCAGUCCUUAUCCUACUCCCUCCCCAUCUGCCAAGUGCGAUGGCGUCUGCUUCGGUCACUCAGACGCAACGCCAUGCAGACGCCUGCCCCUCGCGGAGGAGAAGACGGACGCAAAUACCAGUCGCCAAUGGCCAACCCCUCCAUAUGAAGAUGGUGACUGGGCGAAGCCAGCUCCGGCAAAGUUCCUGACGGGCUCAGCAACUUGUCGUUAG